AGCCACCUAGUCUACCGGAAUUCAGAAGAAGAAGAAGAAUUUCCACAACUUUGCUUUUUCCAACCCUUCCAACGGGCCGUAAACGCAACACAGAAUUUCUUCUUUGUGGGAUCAUCUCACAUGUGCCGUCAACCUCCGGCAGCAGUUUCCAUGAUCGCCACAGAGCCUUCCACACCUGACUGUCUCACUCUAAUACCCUCCAUCAUGUCAGAGUCGCUGCGGGGCUUUGUCACUGAGCGGCUCGCGGUGGCUGCACAGGAGAUUUUGGGUUUGGUGGAGAAAACGAUCGCUGACUACCGGGAAGAGGUUUUUCGGUCAAAAAGAGAGAUCCUACAGCUGCGCAGAGAGCUGGACGAGAGGAGAUCCGAGAGCAUCGCUGCUGCAGAUGGCCCCGAAGUGUCAGAAGAGAUGUUUCCCCCUCAGCAGGAGUGGAAUCCCAACAUGGAGAGGCAGCAGAGCCAAGAUCUAUUAUUCCAGCAGAUCAAAGAGGAAGAAAUGGAGCUCACAGCGACGCUGGAGGCCGCUCCCUCCCACUGUGUGCAACAACUUUAUAGUAAUACAGAAGGAACUGCCAACUGCCAGGACUCUCCAUCACAAUACUCUGCUGCUGCACGUGUAAAUAAAGAAGAAGAAGAGUGGAAGCUAGACAUGACUGCCAACUGCCAGGACUCUCCAUCACAAUACUCUGCUGCUGCACAUUUAAAUAAAGAAGAAGAGUGGAAGCUAGACAUGACUGCCAACUGCCAGGACAUUGCAUCACAAUACUCUGCUGCUGCACAUUUAAAUAAAGAAGGAGAAGAAGAAGAAGAAGAAGAAGAAGAAGAAGACGACGACGAAGAAGAAGAGUGGAAGCUAGACGUGACUCCAGCUCACAACAGUCAUGAAACCUCCUGUCAGGCUGCCGCUGUUUCUCCAGAGUACCUCAGCUCACAGGAAGUGCCCAGUGAUAGUGUCUGCAACUUCUGUGGAGACAUAUUUGAGACCAAAGAAAGUUUAUCAGAUCACUUUCAAUCUCACACUGAAGUCAAGUUCUGUCACAUUUGCUGCGCUUGCUUUCUAAAGGAUGUUGACCUCAUAAGACACGUGGGUGAGAGCCACCCUGGGGAGAAGCCUUUUAAGUGCAACGAAUGCGGAAAGGCAUUCCUGCGUAAAGACUACCUUGUGGUGCACCUGCGGACCCACACCGGAGAGAAACCUUACACGUGUCCGUUCUGUGGCAAAUCUUUCGCGCAGAGAACCUACCUGUGUGUUCAUCAGAGGAUCCACACAGGAGAAAAACCGUAUGGUUGCAGAGUCUGCGGAAAACGUUUCGGCAGCAGCACAGCAGCAAGACAUUGUGUGAAAUGUCAUAGAGCUAACGCAGUAAACAGCUAAAGAGUUACUAGUAAGUCUACUGUGCAGGCACAUAUUGGAAAAUGAGGAAAUUGUUUGGCAAACGGGAAUUUGAUGUGAGUUCAAUACAAAACAAGUUGUCUUUUUUUUUUUUUAAAGUGUGAAUUAAAAGUCACAUAGGAGAAGUGUGCCAGCUGACUCUAAGGUCUCUUUAGCAUAUACUGUAUGUUUUUUUUGUAAAGGAAAUUGUACUGGGUUAGCUAGAGGUCGCCCCUUCAAGGAGCAGAGUUAAUGGCUUCAGUACAUUCGCUAAAAAUCAGGGUUAGGGUUACAUGGCCUAUGUUAUCGCUACUACUACGGUUACAUCGAUAUUUCACAAUAUUUUGUUGCAUUUCUCUUUCAUUUAUUAAUCACUUACAUUUUAAUAAAACAUAUUUUUCACUUCA